CUCAGGCUCUUAAAUUUGAGAAAGAGAGAGAGAGAGAGAGAGAGCGUGAGAGAAGCUCUAAGAUGGCGAAUCUCAGAAGUACGAUGUACUUCUUCUUGUUGGCUUUGCAGUUGCUCGUGUUACUGCAAACCAAUGUCUUGUGCUAUCAAUACAAGGUCGGAGAUUUAGACGCCUGGGGAAUCCCCACAUCAGCAAAUCCACAAGUCUACACCAAAUGGUCCAAAUAUCACACAACCAAGAUCGGAGAUUCUCUCUUGUUUUUAUACCCACCAAGCCAAGAUUCACUGAUACAAGUCACGGAAGAAUCCUUCAACAGCUGCAACCUUAAAGAUCCAAUCUUGUACAUAAACAAUGGAAAUUCUCUCUUCAACAUUACCGCACAUGGGGAAUUCUACUUCACCAGUGGAAAGCAAGGGAACUGCGAAAAGAAGCAGAAGCUCCACAUUUCUGUGUUUUCUGGUAAUGGUUCUGCAGAUUCUCCUUCCUAUGGUCCGGGAAUUUCACCCUCUUACCCCACUGUUUUUGGCUCAAUCCCACAACCGCCUUCCUCUUCUCUCUCUUCUUCUUCUUCUUCUUCGCCUUCACUAAGCUUCCCAAUCUUCAUCGCAGCUCUUGCUGGAUUUCUGGUAUCUGCAUUCAUAUGUGAAUGAUUCUUUUUUCCCACCUUGGUAUUGAUUUUUUUUUUUUUUUUUUGUUCUACAUUAUUGGUUAAUAU